UCUUUUGCAGGUUACGUUGAACAAUCGAAAUAUUCUAAUCAUGGGUGGCUGUGGACAUGCAAAUAUGGUAUGACAUCAAAUUUUUUGUACUUUAUCAGGGCUUUCAAAAGAAGCCGGCGACGCAAUGUUGCGUUUCGUAAACCGCCAGGGUCAGCAGUAACAAUCAGUGUCACCACUUUCAGCAUGCGUUACAUCCGGCGAAUAUGAAGUGUGAUACUCACCGUGCGAAACACUGUUGUGCUAGCAUCUGUAGUAAUCUUGUAUCGUUUGCUCGGUGUCUUAUUAAAUUUCGUCUUCAAAUUAACAUUGUUCAGUUGACAUCUUGAAAUUCUGAAAUUCAUCUAAGCUUUCAGCUGAUACAGUAGGUCCCAUGUAGUGGCACGUAACUUCAAAUUAUGCUUGUCUGACGCGCAGAAAUUUUUAUUCCAUGCAGUAUUCGCAGUUUUCCGGCAACCUUUCUAAUGCAUGCCUUUACGAUCUUUUUCCCUACGUCAGAUAACGCAUUUUCAAAAAUGGCGACAGUCGAUAUCAUUGACAGCCGUAUUAAAAGCUCGUCAAAGUCUUAAUAAAGUUCGUAUUUUCAUUUUUUAAAAGGGGGGGUGGAAAAAGGAGGGGAGGAUUUUCAUUUUUUAAAAGGAGAGUUGGAAAAUUUUCUCCGGGGUGCAAGCGGCACCACUGAGCGAGCUUUUACACGGGUUAAGCGUUAGGGUUAAUGACUUUCACCCAAAAUAGGUGGGGUGAAGCGAAAUUUUGGUGGGGUUAGAGAGUUGCUAGAGAGAUUCUAAGGGGGCUACCCCCCUUCCCUAACCCCUCCAGUAAAUCCGCCUAUGAUUGUCGCUACAUUUUUACUCAUGAUUAUCAUAUCGAAGGUAGAAGAAACGUGAGCGAUGAUAUACCGUAAUUAUCGUUGCGGUCAAUGACUAUCGUGAUAUUCUUUCGUAUGUGUACAAAGCUUUUUAAGUUUCUAGACGAUAAUCACGAUAUGAUUUAUAAGUAUCGCUUAACUCUACUUUGUAACUUCGUGUUUGUGUCGUGAUUAACACAUUGGAACGCGCGCAUAAACGCGUGUUAUGCGUGGUAUGUAUGUAUGUAUGUAUGUAUGUAAACUUUAUUUAAAGACGUUAGCCUCGUCAACGAUUUGUUGAUUUUCACGAGGGACGUCUGUUACUAUUAAAAAUUACAAAUAUGAUAUAGAAAAGAAUAAAGAAUUAUAUACAACUAUUUACAAUACAAGAAUUAAGUUCCAAACGGUGUGACCCAUAUUUCUAAAGCAUGCAUAUACAGUAUAUUAGAAGAUGUUAGCGUGAAUCUUUCAGGCAGUUUUUAAAAGAAUAAAUUGAUUGCGCUAGCUUCGCAUCAGAAGGAAGACUAUUCCACAAUUUAGCUCCGCUAUACUUAAAGCCUUUUUUUAGAAAUUCUCGUUUUGGCUUAGCAAGGGUAAGGUCAGUAUAAGUAUUGCGAAGAUUAUAACUGGUUUGAACAAGGUCCCUUCUCAUUAGAGCAUCCUUCAAGUUCGGCCCAGCGCAAUCAUUCAGGACUUUAUACAUUAAUGUGGAUUUAGUUGUACGUUGUCUUAUCUCUAAAUUUUCCCCAGCAAGGGAUCGAAGAACAUCAGCAGACCUUAUUUCAUAGCUGGCGCCGGUUAUAAUUCUCGCUGCACGGUUUUGGAACUUUUGAAGCUUAUCUUUCAGCUGUUGGUUACAGACGUCCCAUAAUGGACUACAAUAAUCAAAAUACGGUUCUAUCAAAGCUCUGUAAAUGGUAUGCAGGGUAUUUAUAGGAACAUAUGGCUUAAUUCGUUGCAUUGCUCCUAUGCUGGCCCCAACUUUCUUACAAAUCAUUUCAACAUGCUCAUGCCAAUUAAGGUUUUCAUCAAGUUUAACCCCAAGGCAUGUGUAUGAAUGAGCAAGAAUUAUGAAUUGGUUAUUCAUCAUUACUGGAAUAUCAUAAGUCAUAGUAGCAGUAUUAUACUUUGAACCGAUAUACAUUAAUUUGGUCUUAGUUGGGUGGUGUUGCAUUUUAUUUCGAGCAAGCCACUCACCGACUUUUUUCAGGUCAUUAUUUAGAUUUUCAGUAAGUUCCUCAAUAGUUUUGGUAGAAGUAGAAAUUUGAGUAUCAUCAGCGUAUAGGUGUGGCGAAGUUUUUUCGAGGCAUUCGGGUAAAUCAUUAAUAUAUAAUAAAAACAGCAAGGGACCAAGAAUUGAUCCCUGCGGAACUCCGCACACAAUCGUUUUAGGUGAUGACAUUGCACCGUUGACAAUGCAUGCUUGCUCUCUAUUAGUUAGAUAGGACUUAAACCAAUCCAGUUCCACAUUUUUUAUUCCAAAUUGAUCAUUCAUCUUUUGCAAUAAGAUUGUAUGGUCAAUAGAAUCAAAAGCUUUUCUAAUAUCAAGGAAAACAACACCACCCAACUGACCAUUAUCCAUGUUCUCAUAAAGUGUGUCACACAUUUGAAUGAGUGUUGUUAAAGUUGAAUGCUUAGGCCGAAAGCCAGAUUGAUGUUUAGAUAGCAGCGAAUUAUCAUUCAAAAACUUAUAAAUCUGGUUGAAAACCGAUCUCUCUAGUAUUUUACUGACAAUAGGCAAUAUAGAUAUCGGUCGGUAAUUUUCACUUCUUUGUCUAUCAUCAGAUUUAAAAAUUGGCAUUACCCACGCCUCUUUCCAUUCAUCAACAUAUAUCCCAGUUUUGAUUGAAAGAUUAUAAAUCCAUGUUAAUGAAGGACCAAUAACUUUCGCGGACAAUUUAAGAGCUAUAGCAGGGAUGUUAUCAAUACCGGUAGACUUUGAAAUUUUAAGAUUACGUAAUUGACAAAUAAUAUCAUCCAUACUAAUUUCAGAAAACUUAAAAUUUAUAUUAGAGGAAUAGUUAGAGUGGUAAUUUUCAUCAUCUGGAAAGUUCGUACAUAGAGAAUCGUUCUCAAUUUCAUUAGCCAAAUUUACCCCGAUGUUAACAAAGAAGUCAUUAAACGCCUCAGCUUUCAGAAUAUCAUCUGAAAUCACAACAUCAUCACAUUUAAGUUGAGAGAUAUUAUUUGAUUUUUUGUUUUUACCUAAGAGAAUAUUAAUUAACUUCCAACUAUGUUUCAUAUCUUUCGAUUGUGCGCAGUUCUCAAAUUUGUUACAGAAAAAUGCUGUUUUAGCUUUAGUUAGUUCUGAAUUGACUUUGUUACGUAUUUCUUUGAAUUUCUCCCAGUGACUCUGGGAAUUAUUUUUAACAGCCUUUUUCUUGUAAGAGUCCCUAACCCUCAUCAGAUUUUUGAUAUCAGGGGAAAUCCAAGGAAUAGAAUUUCCUCUAAGUCUCAUCAGUCUUAGCGGCGCAUGCCAAUCAAGGACGUGUAGGAAAAGGGAUCUCCAUACCCGCCAACAAACAUUUGGGUUAUCAUAAAGCGCCACAUUUUCCCAGGGCAUCUGGGAAAGAUCAUUAAGAAAGUUAUUGGCAUUGAAUCUUUUGAAAUUGCGAACAUAUCUUGUCUUUUGCCGAGAUUUAGUGACACAACAUUUUCUAACGGCAAAAACCAAACUAUGAUCAGAUAUUCCAAGAUGAAUAACACCAGAUUUCGAAAUAUUUUCCUCUUUGUUUGUCAAUAUCAAGUCUAUUAAGGUUGCUGAUGUUCUUGUUACCCUUGUAGGUUCAUUAAUAAGUUGUCUAUACUGGUAAAGUGAGGAUAGAAGUUGUAGUCUGCGUGUGUGAGCUUCGGGAGGACAUUUUAUGGUAUCACAAUUCAGAUCCCCCAUUAUUAUUACUUCAAUAUUUUCCAAGUCGCAUUUUCUAAGAAAAGUCUCGUAUUCAUUAAAGAGACUAACCUCAGAAUUUGGCGGUCUAUACCAUGUAACUAUUAGAAAUGACUUAUUGUGUGGUUUCGUAAUUUCAAUGCAUAGCAUUUCUAACGAAUCAGAUAUUAAUAAGUCAUUUCGUUCAGAAAAUGGUAAAGAUUCUCGCACAUAUAAUAACACUCCCCCACCAUACCUAUUUCUAUCUUUACGGAUAUGAUAAUAUCCAGGUAUGCUAAUUUCAUCAUAAAUAUCUCAUUACAUAUUCACCUGAUGUGAUGCACAGGGAAAGUGGUGCAUGACGGUGAUUGUUACUGGUGACCAUGGCGGUUUACGUGACCGGCGGAGCCCUGGUGGUUGUUAUGAAAUUUACUGCGAGCUACUGUUUUAAAGCGAUACCUUAUAAAUAUUUAUUAAAUAAAUUAUUGCGCUCUAUAGAUAUUUCGGGCACUGAUAAAACUUAUAAUCUCACAUGUAACAUUAUUUAUGGUAAUUUCACACGUGAAAAUGAUCGCUUUUAAAUUAUCGCUUUUCUGUAAAAAAUAUCUCUUUUCAAAAACUGUCCUUUAUAUAAUAAACAGAAAAAUACAUGGAUGUUGGAAAUACCAGAUUUAUUUCUCGUGUUGAACAUGAUAUCUCACUUGUUCGCUCGCUCACGCUUGACAUAUCAUGUUCAACACGAGAAAUAAAUCUGGGUUUUCCGCGCACCCAUGUAUUUAUUUAUUCUCUAUAUAAAAAAAUUCGAGUUUUCAUCAAUGUUUGAAGUAUUAUUUAAAGAAAGAGCAACAGUGGUUUACCAGAUUUUGGGCAAGUUGUGUGGAUUGCUAAACUACGUAUCAAAAUAUUGCCAUACGCCUGAGUGUGUGAAUGUAGUAGUUGUCUAUGCAGGAUGUAUAAGAAAAACUACACACUUCGAAAAUGUCCGCUCAACUGCAAUUUCCGCAAAAUUUAUGAAAACUUUAUGGGUAGUUUAGGGUCUGCUAGUAUCUUCACCAAUAAAAUUAUUGCAGAAAGUAACUUUCCGAUUGCAGGAGGGUUGUUUUUAAAAAACACUUUAAAAAUGGCUUGCACAAAAAAGAAAUGGAAGGUUUAAAACGCAAUUUGCAUUGAUAGGGUGCAAAUUUUAAAGGUGCUUUAUGAACUAUUAAUUAAAAGUAAGUAAAGUAGCAGACAAUUUGAUGUACACUGGUUGCGCGUUGGACUUAAUGUAUAUGAAAUAGUCUAAUAUUUUUAUACUUCAUAAAACAUCUUCUAAAUUUGCCAUCAAUGCAUGAUUCCAGCUAUAGACUAAAUUUUUAUCUUUUUCUCCAUCAGCACAACUAUAGCAAGAGCAUGUUAAUAUUAAUAAAAUUGCAAAGUUUGCUGGCGAAAUGUUGCAAAAAGAGAAAGUAUAGCCCUGCGAAAUUUGUGAAUUUUGUAUUAUUAUAUUUUGUACAAGCCAUUUUUAAAUUAAGGCUCCUGCACUCGAAAAUUUACUUUUCAAAAUAAUUUUAGCGGUAAAGAUACUAGCAGACCCAAAUUUUGUGGAGUUUGCAGUUGAGCGAACAGUUUCGAACUUUGCCAGAUUUUUUAUACACCCGGUGUAAUAAAAACUUGUUCCAUUCACUCUCGUCAUAUAUGGCUAUAAUAGUGAGCUUUAAGCCCAGGGCAAACUAGGAAACAUUGUUGCGGAAACGUUGUUUCCUACCAAUGUUUCGCCAUGUUUACCAGAGUUCGCAAACACUAGGAAACAUUAGUGAGAAACAUAGGGAAACAGCAAAUGUUUCUGAAUUUGGUGGGAAACAUUUUUGCUUCCCGGGAAGCAAAUUUUUUUUCCGCAACAAUGUGUCCACGGGUGGGCAAACAUGGAAACAUUUGAGGAAACAUCGAGAAUCACAAAUUUUUCCGCAACAAUGUUUCCUAGUUUGCCCAGGGCUUAAGAUGCACCAAAUCUGCGACGCGAACGCGACUAAAAAACAGUCGGUAAUAAUUAGAGACUAGUUUUACUUUGUGUUUCUCUUGUCUCUGGCUUUCUUUACCCACAACAAUGCAUAAUUUUUAUCCGUGAAGUGAAACUUCGAUGAUAGACCUUUAGAUUGACGUUUACGGCAAACGUCAAACCGCUAACGAAGUGUUUGAUAUUACAACUCUAUUAUAUAACAGCUUUUACACCAGUUUUGAAAUAUAUUAAACAAUUAUUAAACUUAUUAACGAAUUAAAACUAUAAAACGAAUUAACCACUAGUCACAUAUUCACCAAAGCAGUAAAUUAAGAUGUGGCGUUUGAAGUUGACGUUCGGCGUAUAAAUUUUAUGCUUCAACUGCUACGAGGGCUUGCAUAGUCGUUAAAGGAUGAAAUUUAUACGCCAAACAUAAACUUCAAACGCUAAAUCUUAAUUUACUGUUUUGGUGAAUACGUGACUAGUGGUUAAUUUGCUUUCUUAAAUUAUUGCUGAAGAGCACAAAUUUAAUAAUAAUUGUUUAAUAUAUUUCAAAAUUGGUGUAAAAGCUGUUAUAAUAGAGUUGUAAUAUCAAUCUCUUCGUUAGCGGUUUGACGUUUGCCGUAAACGUCAAUCUAAAAGUCUCUGCGGCAGUUUCUUGUUACAUCCGCGUCGUAGAUUUGGUGUAUCUUAAGCUCCCUAAAGCCUAGUUUCCAUUUGGUCGUUAGUUGUCGCUGGCACGACAAGUGGCUGAUGUAAUAGGGUGUCAACGAAACUUUAUAAAACUCUGCAAUCAUUAACACUGAUUUGCAUAUAACACACAAAAAGACUAUUGAUAUUAGACUAUUUCACAUCUAUACCGCUUGUCGUGCCAGCGACUACUAACAACCAAAUGGAAACUAGGCUUAAUAUUAACCAACUCCAGUACUACGCACCUCGUCGGCUGUCAGAUUAUAUACGACUCGAGUUCACAGAAUAACAGUAAAAUAUCUUAUAUAUACUAAUUGUACUUACUGUAAUUGCAGGUAUUUUCAGAUGUGUGGUUUUUAAAUGUCGAAAGUUGGACGUGGUAUGAAAUAUCAGUAAACAACAGCAUAUACGCUGCACCGCAACUCUGGUCACACCCAGCAGUCAAGAUUGAUCAAACUGUAGUAGUCUUCCCUUGCCCUGUGACGUCAACAGUCAACUCGGCAGCCGCUAGUCUUAUAACUGGUGUACCGCAGGCUCUGAUGAAAAUGUACUCUCUCGAUUACAGUGAACUGGAAACGAGUCGGAAGUGCUCGUGGCGAGCGGAUUUGAGCAACAACAAAUCAUUACCGGCAAGUUCCCUUCAUUCGGUAAAUGUCUGUGAAGAUAUGAUCCUUAUUUUUGGAGGACUCAGUGAUGAACAGACUGUUCAAACAGCGAAUAACACUAUAGUGUUCGUAACACCGUUUUGGACAGAUUGAAUAACCGUAAUUGAACAGUGUUUGUAUGGCAGCCGAGUUGACGUGGUUAGCGUUACAGUCAGACAGCGUUUUUCAUCUUGCACAGCUUGAAACGAUUCAAAACUGUAAAUCGCACAUGAUUGAAGGUUUCUCCAUAUUAAAAAUGAUAUUUACAGUAGAUACUCAAAGAAAAAUCGGAACAAAAUUUAUGUUUGACUAAUUGGAAGGAAUGUUAAGAUUAUUUAGAAAGGCUUUUUUACAAAUUCUCCCAAACUAUCUUAGUUUUUAUACAUAGCUUGUGAUUUAAUUUACUGUGGAAGAGACAGGUGGGACGUCCCUCGGUGAGACGACAUUAUGUCGACAUAGCAUCUUCGAAAUGUUUUUGUUGUAAUUAAGCAAACUGCAUCUUGUAUUACGACUUUAGUAGUGUCUGUUUAGAUCUAUC